CCAACGUCGGCCUCAAUUGACCUUCCACUUCGCUCCGUGUCAACUUGUUGGAGGCUCAAUUGAAGUCAACAUGGCCAAGAUUCCAAAGGUGCCCAAGACGGUGUUGCCGAAACCGCCUCGACAGGCUGUCCCGCCGCCCCCACCAUACGUACCUUUACGAGCCCGACCCGUACGACCGCAACGGACGAACCUACCGAACCAACAAUCACCACCGCACCCGUCAGCACAGGAAACCCCGAUUGCACCGCCUGGAACUACUCGUUCAGAUAGACUGAAGCAGGUGUGGGACGAGCGACCACGGGUCUCGGACAUCAAAAGACUGACGCCGGAGCAAUUGAGCGCACCCACCCACCAGAACCGCAUGAACAAAUGGCGACAAUGGACACUCUUUAUCUGCGGCAUGUCUGCCUUUGGAAUGGGUCUAUACGGAAUGCAGAUCUACGUCUCACUUACGACUGCACCAGACGAAAAUGCUGUUCCUGACGACCUCUCCGAUCGCUUCGACAAGGAAGCCGACGGCUACGAUGAGAAGGUCAGCAUGGCUGAAACCAUGCUUUUCCUAAACUCGCGCCGCAAAGCACUCAUGCAGAAAGUGCGCGGCCACGUUCUCGAAGUCGCCGUCGGUACCGGCCGCAAUACUCCUUACUACCCCACCAAGCAGUGCGCUACGGUGACGCUGCUCGACUCCAGCGCGCCCAUGCUCGAGGUCGCCAAGCGCAAGUGGAAGGAAACGCACAUGGAGUACUUCAGCCGAGUCUUCUUCAAGCACCAGUCUGCAGUCGAUCCCAUUACGCCACCGUACGGCGCGCAGGACGGCUACGAUACCGUUGUCCAGACCAUGGGUCUAUGCUCGACCAACGAGCCCGUUAAGCUCCUGCAUAGCCUCGAGGCUGCGACAAAAGAGGAGGAUGGUCAGAUCUUGCUACUUGAGCACGGGAAGUCGCAUUAUGAGUGGCUCAACAGCUUCCUGGAUCGCACGGCGCCUAAUCACGCCCUGACGCAUGGAUGUUGGUGGAACAAGGACAUUGGCAAGAUUGUGGAAGAGAGUGGGCUCGAGGUGGUCGACAUGAAGCGGUACAAUUUUGGUACGACGUGGUGGGUCGAGUUGAAGCCACGGAAGGGCAUGCGCAAGCAACUCGAGGAUGCGGCCAAGGAAGAAGUUGAGGUGGCCGUGCAGAAGUCGUGGUCGUGGUGGAGUUUCUGGAGAUGA